ACCUAUUCAUCAACGUCACUGCUGUCAAGAUGAGCGAUGCUCGUGCCCGUCUGCUGUCACCUCUGGUAAACUCCCCAGGCUCUCACUGCUUCAUAUUCUGGCAUCUCCUAGAUAAAGCCACUCUAGACAGCAUUAAUAUAUAUAUCAAGCCUUACCAGGAAGAUGUUCCAGUGAACCCUGUGUAUACUGUAUUCUCUGUCUUUGAAGGCACUGAUCUUGAUUGGGAAAGGAAUGAAGUCUAUAUAGAUAUGAAUGGAGCAUUCCAGGUUGUCAUAGAAGGUGUGAAGGCAGCUGAGAAGAAAGGGAUGGUGGCUAUAGAUGAUGUUGAAAUACUGCUAGGAGAUUGCUCAAAACCAUCUCCAUGUGGCAGUCAGCCCUGUAAAAAUGGUGGAACAUGUAUUGCCAGUGCUGAGGGAUUCCUAUGUGAAUGCAUGCAGCCAAAAUUUACAGGAAAAACUUGUGAAAUUGUUGCCACCACCUCUACCUUACCACCCACCACCACUGUACCACCAAGUCUGAACUGUACUUUUGACAGUGGCUCUCUCUGUGCAUACCACCAAAGUGGAGAGGAUGAAUUUGAUUGGUCUUUUUCAACCCCUGGACAAAAAGUUGUAAAACCAUAUAGUGAUCAUACCACUGGAAAUGGUUCAUACCUCUUCAUAAACUCAUCUUCAAGGAAGACGGACGACAGAGCUUUUCUGAUGUCACCAGAGAUUUCAUCUGGUGGUGUUCAUUGCUUUACCUUCUGGUUUUAUCUGUCUGGUGCUGUCUCUGACACAUUAAAUGUCUAUAUGAGACCAGCAGGAGAGGAGAUGCCUCGUAACCCUGUGUGGACUUCAUUUUCCAGUGAAGAAAGUUCAGAUUGGUGGUAUGAAGAAGUUUUGUUGGAUAUGAACGGAGCUUUUGAGGUUGUGGUUGAAGGAGUUCGUGGUUUGAAUGGUAUUGGAACUGUAGCCAUUGAUGAUAUAGGACUACAGGAAGGAGAGUGUCAAAGUUCUCAGUCCUGUAAGCCUGAAACAUGUCAGAAUGGGGGGACAUGUGUGGAGACCCGGGAUUCUUUCAUGUGCAUCUGUCUAUCUGGAUACCUGGGAACAAGAUGCGAAAACACUCCGACCUCUCCAGGGACGACCCCAUCUACCACACCAGCCUCCAUCAUAGAUGACGUGACAUGUGAUUUUGACCAAGGCUACUGUGGAUACAAACAAUUCCAGCAAGGACAAGACGAGUUUGACUGGUCAUUGUCUAUACCUGGAAAUUCAAACAUGAAUCCAAGAUUAGAUCAUUCUGGCAAUGGUUCAUAUAUCUAUGUUAAUAUGUCACAAGCAAAUAGUGCAGGAGACAGAGCAAAACUGAUAUCUCCUUUGGCUACUAUCCCUGCAUCUUCUCCUUCCCAUUGUCUUAGUUUUUGGUAUUAUUUGCCUGGGACUGUCUUGGAUAUUUUGAAUUUUUACGUGGUCAGCGCUGGUGCUCCUGUCCCCACAGAUCCUGUGUGGACCCUGGUGGAUGAGGGCAGAGAACAGUGGGUGUACCAGGAAAUACAAAUAAACAAAAAUUUGGGGGAUUUUCAGAUCAUGUUUGAAGGUAUUCGAGGGGUAAAUGAUGCAGGUGCUCUGGCUGUUGAUGAUAUUGUGUUAAGGAAAGGCAACUGCACUGUUCCAAGUCCCUGUGACAGCAACCCCUGCCUCAAUGGUGCCACCUGUAUAGAAAGUACAGAGUUAUACGUUUGCGAAUGCACACUGGGAUAUAUUGGAAUCAACUGCGGAAGAAUAAUUCCUGAUACAACUACAAUUGUGACAACAGCCAGGGCUAGUAGUACUGUAACGAGCCCCCUAGUACCUCAAACCACAUCUAGUGUUCCAGGUGGUGCCAUGCUGUACUGUAACUUUGACAACACUUGGUGUGACUUCACACAAGACAAAGCUGAUAAUUUUGAUUGGUCAAUGUCAUCAGGUGACAAAGAUGAGGUACCUAACAAGGAUCACACUUCUGGAUCAGGGAAAUACAUCUACAUCAACACAUCUAGAGCUGCAGGUGACAGUGCCAGGUUGCUCUCUCCAGUUGUUGCCUUUCAAGGGUCUCUCUGCUUGACUUUCUAUUUGAAUAUGCAGAGUAUAGGGCUCAGUGAGCUGAAUAUAUAUGUGAAGCCUUCUGGGGGACCUAUUCCAAUGUAUCCAGAGUGGUCAGUGUCCUUCUCAGAAGGGGAGCCUGACCAGUGGGAUUACAAUGAGGUGAACAUCAAGAGUAGAGACUCUAAUCAGUUUCAGAUUGUUGUGGAGGGUGUCACAGGAGGAGAUCAGGUGGCACUCGAUGACUUGUUGAUGAAAACUGGCACGUGUACUGAACCUCAAUAUUGCAAGGCUGAUUCUUGUGGGGGACCCAGCCGAGGAAUAUGUACUGAGAGCAAAAAUCAAUUUUUCUGCCAGUGCAAAUUUCCAUAUUAUGGAGCAAGAUGUAUGCAAGAGUUCAAAAGCACAACCAUCAGAGUUAUGACUACCAAAACAUCAACUUUAUCAUCCUCAACACCAAGCCAGUCAACAGUUAUGACUACCAAAACAUCAACUAUAUCAUCCUCAACAUCGAGCCAGUCAACAGCAUCUUCGACAGCACCAACCACGGACUCCACUACUAAGCCAUCCUCUAAACCUCAAACCCUCUCGUUAUCAUCAUCAUCAUCAACAAAAAAAGUGUCGUCCACAGGACUCAAUACAUCAGUGAUAACAACAGCAGCAAGUAUUUCAUCACAGAAACCAAACACAACAUUGCCAGAUAAAGAAGGAACCAAUGGGACACAGGCUGCAUCAAAACAUCCUCCCCAGCCCUCUAAUGUUGGUGCUAUAGUAGGAGCCACAUUAGGUGUGGCAGGAGGACUCUUCCUGGCUGCAAUAGGUGGUGUGCUUUAUAUUAAAAAGAAUAAUAAAGGUUACUUCUCCUUUAUAGGAGAUGAUGAAACUGUGUUACAGGAAGCUAUGGAAACUAGGCGUCAUUCUAGUGGUCCUGCGCUUUUCGAAAAUCCCUAUUUUGAUGAGGAAGAAAAAAGGGAAGAUGCAUUAUAUAAAUGGUGACCAGAACUAGUAGGGAAAAAAGACAUUUUGCUGGCAUAGUUCCUUAAGCAAGUUAUUGCACAAGUAAUAUUAAAAGCCUACAGAAAUGAAAGCUAACAAGUGCCAUUUUCACAUUAUGAGAUUAUCAACCAGUUAAAGAUUGUGCCAUAUCUUUUUAGAAGAGAAAAAGAUUGUUGGAUUUAUGCCGAACAGUUACUUAC